CCGUCUCGCAGCUGAUAUUUUGAGCUCCUCUCUCUCUCCUGAUAUUUUAGGCCUUCUCUCUUUCUGGAAAAUCAUGUCGUCCCAUUACAGUCUCUCACUCUCCAUCUGCAUUCCUCUCACUUAACAACUCUCUGUUCGUCGCUGUAUUUCUCUGCCCGGCCCCACGACAUUCUUCUCUCUCUGUCUCAAUGAUCACUUUGAGGCAGGCGUCCAGCACCCUUACACCACCAAUUAACCCCCUCCUCCAAAUCUCCAACAAAACAACUCCAAGACCAAGCAGGAGGAGGAGACCGCACUCGCCCUGCCGAGCCGUCCUCCAGUGGAGCCGCAAGCCCGAACUGUCGGGGGAGACUCCUCGCGUGGUGGUGGUGACCUCCGGGAAGGGCGGCGUGGGGAAGACGACGACCACUGCCAACAUAUCCCUCUCCCUUGCCCGCCUUGGCUUCAAGGUGGUUGCCCUGGACGCGGACGUUGGCCUGCGCAACCUUGACCUUCUCCUCGGACUCGAGAACCGCGUCAACUACACUGCCCUGGAUGUCCUCCAUGGUGACUGUCGCCUGGACCAGGCCCUCGUUAAGGACAAGCGGUGGCCCAAUUUCCACCUACUCUGCAUCUCCAAGCCUCGCUACAAAAUCCCCUUGGCAUUUGGCUCAAAAACCCUAAUUUGGCUGGUCGAUGCCCUGAAAUCGAAUGACCCACCCCCGGACUUCAUCCUCAUUGACUGUCCGGCUGGUAUCGAUGCGGGCUUUGUGACGGCGAUUGCCCCUGCGAACGAGGCAAUUCUGGUGACUACCCCUGAUAUCACGAGCCUCAGAGAUGCUGAUCGUGUGACGGGGUUGCUGGAGUGUGAUGGGAUCAAUGAUAUAAAGAUGUUGGUGAACAGGGUGAGGACUGACCUGAUAAGGGGGGAGGAUAUGAUGUCGGUUUUGGACGUGCAGGAGAUGUUAGGGUUGGCGUUGUUGGGGGUCAUACCCGAGGAUGCGGAGGUGAUACGAAGCAGUAACAGGGGGUAUCCUUUGGUGUUGAAUAAGCCCCCCACCAUUGCAGGGCUUGCGUUGGAGCAAGCGGCAUGGAGGCUUGUGGAGCAGGAUACCAUGAAUGCCGUGGCUGUCGAAGAGGAAGAGCCAAGGCGCAAAGGCUUCUUCUCAUUCUUUGGGGGCUGAAUUUUGAUGCCUUUGCUACUUCCGCUCUCAUCCAAAUAAGCCUCCUGUGCUUCUUUUUGCUCUCCAUCUCUCUCUUUCUCUCUCUCUCCCUCCCUCAAUCAGGCUACUGCUUGUGCUUUUUCCUAAUUUGGAUGUUCCUCUUCUUUCUUUAUGAUCUCUCUCUCUCUCUCUCUUCAUUCUACCAGCUGUUUCUUUCUCUUUGUUCUUAGUUCGGGUUGCGAUUGUACUCUGUUUUGUGGGAUGUUUGCAGGAGUUGGUCAGGUUAGUUUUCCUUCUUGAGAUUUUGUUUGGAAUUCCUUGGAGGAUGCUUGCUGCCUUAAGAAUUGAAGAAUCAUUGGUUUUGGUGUCUCAUCUCUUUUCCAUUUUUUUUCUUCUUUCUUUCUUUCUUUCUUUUUUUUCGUCAGGACUAUGAGCUUAAGAUUUCACCAUUGCAGCUUGGAAAUCCAUGCUUCACUGCUUCCAAGUUUGUGGGUUUUUGACUUUCGAAUGUGUAAAUGUUUUCUUUGCAGUGUUGUAUAUUAGCAAUUAUGACAGCUAAAGAUGGCUUUUUACUGAUAUUUUAGUUGUUCAAAAUUUGGAAUCACAUGAUUGCAAGACAGAAUUACUGUUGGAAUUAUUUUUUGUUCUCA